AUGGAAAAGGAAAAGCCAUUUAAAUUGUUUGUACCGCCAAGACUAAGUAGCAGUCAAGUGUCAGCAGUUAAACCUCAGAGUAUAGGAGGAGACACUAAUUUUUUCAAGGAUUUUAACAAGAGUGUUGAAGAUGAUUUUGGUUUGCCUUUUGGAAUAACUAACCCAUCUAAACGUAGUGAAAACAUUGAUUCAGAUCCAGUUCUGCAGAAAGUUAAUUUUUUGCCCAUGAUUGAAAAGACUUCAGAGCCAAUCAGCACACUUUAUUCAAAACUGUAUAAGGAGGCUGAAAAGAUUAAGAAAUGGAAGGUGAAUGUAGAAUUUGAACUGAACCAAAAGGAGAAAAAGUUACAGGAAAAUAGAAAGAUUAUUGAAGCACAGCGAAAAGCUAUUCAGGAGUUGCAGUUUGAAAAUGAGAAAGUAAGUUUGAAAUUAGAAGAUGGAAUUCAAGAAAAUAAAGAACUACUAAAAGAGAACAAUGCCACAAGACAUUUGUGUAAUCUACUCAAAGAAACCUGCGCCAGGUCAGCAGAAAAGUCAAAGAAAUAUGAGUAUGAAAGGGAAGAAACUAGACAACUAUAUUCAAAUCUAAAUAAUAAUAUUGAGAAAAUGGUACAAGCUUUUGAAGAACUUCGAGUAGGAGCUGAAAGUCGCAGACAAGAAAUGCAUUUUAAGUUAAAGGAAGCAUGUGAAAAAAUUCAACAACUUGAAAAAGAACACCUAAAAGAAGUCCAUGAUAAGGAAAAGAAGGUAUCACUAUUAUUGAUGCAGAAUGAUGAGAAAGAAAUGAAAAUUAAAGAAUUAAAAUCUCUGCUACAAGAAUACAGUGAUAAAGUUAAUCAAUUUCAAGAAAAAAUGAAAUGGCAAAAUGAAAACUUAAAAGAAUCCAAAGACCAACAGGAUCAUUUGAUGUCAGAAUUAGAAGAAAUUAAAAUGUCUCUGCAAAAAAGUGAGAGUUCUCAAAAGAUAUUAGAGGAAGAAUUACAGACUGCUGGCAAAACAAUAAUUCAGCUUACGAGAGAAAAAGAAGCUCAAAUGGAAGAAAUGAGUGAAGCUAAGGUUACACAUUCAUCAGUCGUUGCUGAAUUUACAACUACUAUUUCCAACUUGAAGGAACUGUUGAGAAGAGAACAGCACAGAUUGGAGCAAAAUGAAGAACAGCUGAAAACUCUUACCUUGGAGCUACAGAAGAAAUCAAGUGAACUGGAAGACAUGAAACUAUGUGAAAAGGACAAAGAAAUACAACUUGAAGAAUUAAAAAGAACCUUGGAGGUAAAUCAAAGACUUUUAAAUGAAAAUAAACAUUUAGAGAUGAUUACUGAAAAACUGAAGGCAACAGAAAUAGAGCUAAAUGGGACUCUUCAAGUCAGAGAGAAAGAAGUACAUGAUUUGGAAGCAAAAUUUAACGAAGCUGCUGCAAAUGAACAAAAUUACUCACAGCAGAUUGCCAAAUUUAAAAUUGAGCUUGAACAGGAGAGGCUAAAAAAUAGUGAAUUAACUGCAAAUUUCAACAAGCUGUCACUGGAAAACAAACAGAUGGCACAAGAAAGAAUGAUUACAGCCUUAGAAUCCAAGAAACUGCAAAAAGAUAUUAAUGAUAACAAAAAGCAAGAAGAAAAAAUGAUGAAGCAAAUUGAAAAUCUAGAAGAAACAAAAAACCUAUUGAGGAAUGAAGUGGAUGCUGUAAAAGAGCAGUUAAAACAAAAAAGUGAAGAAGUUGAAAGUAAAUUGAACGAGAGUGAAGAAAAUUUUAGCAAUUUAAAAAAACAGAUGGAAAAUAAAAACAAAUCCUUUGAAGAACUACAGCAAGAGAAUAAAGCCUUAAAAAAGAAAAGUAUGGCAGAGAACAAACAGUUGAGUACCUAUGAGAUAAAGGUGAAUAAAUUAGAGUCAGAGCUAGGUGAUGCUAACAAAAAUUUUGAGGAAAUGACUGACAACUACCAAAAAGAAAUUGCUAACAAAAAGAUAUCAGAAGAAAAUCUUUUGGGAGAGGUUGAAAAAGCAAAGGUGAUAGCAGAUGAAGCUGUUAAACUACAAAAAGAAAUUGAUAUAAGAUGUCAGCAUAAAAUUGCUGAAAUGGUAGCACUUAUGGAAAAACAUAAGGAUCAAUAUGAUAAAAUAGUUGAAGAGAGAGAUACAGAAUUAGGACUGUAUAAGAGCAAAGAGCAAGAGCAGUCACUGAAGAAAACAUCUUUGGAAAUCGAGGUAUCUAACCUCAAAAGCCAACUUUCAUCUGUUGAGACUCAGCUUAAAAUAGAAACUGAGGAGAAAGAAAAACUUUUACGAGAAGCAAAAGAGAAUAUGGCCUUGCUCAAAGAGAAAAAGGAUAAGAAAAUACAAACGUCUGUUUUGGCAACUCCUGAAACCAGCAAGUGGAAAUUUGAUUCUAAAAUAGAUGCUUCAAAAAGUGAAUCAUUAAAUUUCGUAUCAGUUGAUCAUGUCCAAUCAAAAAAAAGAGAAGAAUCCUUUUGGACCCCUGCCAAAAAAUCCUUAUCUACACCAUCAUUAAAGGCAUAUACUGUGAAGACACCAACAAAAUUGAAAAUACUGCAGAGUGAAAAGAAGAAUCCAUGCAAGGAAGGAACAGUUAGAAAAAGAAAAAUACUAUUUGAUUUUGAUACAAAUUCAGAUAGUUCAGAUCACAAUGACCUUUUGAGCAUGGUUUCAGAUGAAGACACAUUACAAAAACUAUAUGAAGGUUAUCCUCAAGCUUCUUAUCAAAGUGUCACAACACCAAAGAAGAAUCAUAGACCUUUAUCUUUAACAACUCCAGGAUCAGCAUUGAAAUUUGCAGCUAUGAGAAAAAUGCGACAAGAUGGCUGGGCUGCAGUUUCUAAAAUGGACAGGAAAAAAAAAAUGAAGGAAGCAGAAAAGCUAUUUACUUAA